AUGCGAUGCGCGAGCAAGGCCGCCGAGAGCGCGUCUGCACGUCUCUGUGCGGACGCCGAAGCAGAAACUACAGCAACUGAUGUCCCAUCGGUUGCUGAAUCGACUCAGCCUGUAUCACCUGGUGAUGCAGGCGCUGGUCAUGAAGACACUCGUGUCUUCACAGAGUACGAGCUCGGUGUCUCGUACUCUCCUGAUACGGAUGACGGAUCCGUAUCGACGGCAAUUGAAUCCAAGCCGCCUGCCAAGCGUGGCAUGGAUGAUGCUUUGCGUCGCAGCAUCUUUGGUUCAUCUGACGAAUCAGAUGAACCAUCGCCGAAGCGAAGGCGCUCGAGGUCGCGAGACUCGGGCGCUAAUAGUGGUGUCAGUUUUCCAAUGGACACCACUUCGCAGCGAGGUGCCAGUACUUCUGUCGGCACGUCGCAGGAAGAGCGGGACCGCAGUGUGUUGCGUCUCGCUCCAGAAAAAGAAGACAUGGAUGCCUCCAAAGUCAGUCAUGGAUCACUUGUCGGCGACGACGAGUGA